AUGUACAGUCUUUACGAAUUAUUUUGCAUAGCAGCUUGUUCGAGCGAAUCAGCUCCUUUACGUGACUUGAUUCGCACAACCUCAAGACUAGUGAUCGAUAACGGAGGCGCAGUCCGCGGAACGCAAUAUUGGGGCCCUAGAAGAUUACCACAAAGAGCAAGAAGACAUCAACAAUGGCAUACAGAAGGUGAUCAUUUCUUAAUGCAAUUCGAUACAAAUCCAAGAGUGCUAAAUACACUCUCAUCACGUCUACGAAGUGAUCCUCGUGUGGUAAAGUGGACAACGCUCAAAUUAGGCGAACGAUUAGAACAAAUCACACCUAGAAUCAUUCAUGGCGAUAGUAGUUUGCAAAGUAUGUCUCAUCCUCUUCACAUGGGAGGUGGAUUAUCGGUAGAGAUGCGAAACAAACAAGCAUGA